AUGGGUCCUCGGUCUAUAAAUACGGAUGAUUGCUGCUCGGUUCGCCGGUCGUCCUUCUCAAUCUUCUCCUGUCUUGUCCUCUGCUCCACUCUUCUGCUCGGAGUCAGUAUCAUCUUUAAAACCCCCCCGCGCAUAUUUGCCUCCCUCCCCGCUGCGUCUUCUUCACCCAACUAUACCCACACUGCCAACAUGUCCUACCAACAAGAGCGCUACAUUGCCGAACUCGCUGUUCAGCGAGCAACACUUCUGACACAGAAAGUUUUCCACGAGAAGGCCAAGGGCACAGUUUCAAAGGACGACAAAUCGCCCGUCACCAUCGGCGACUUCGGCGCUCAAGCUCUAAUCAUCCAGGCCCUCCGCAAGAAUUUCCCCAACGAUGAGAUUGUCGCCGAAGAGGAGGCUAACUCUCUUCGGGAGGACAAGGCGCUGAGCGCAGAGAUCUGGAGACUGGUCAAGGACAUCAGAUUGGGAGAUAACGAGAGCAAUGAGCUCCUGGGUGGUCUCUUGCCAAGUGAAGAUGCGAUGCUGGACAUCAUCGACCAAGGCAAGAGUGCAGGCGGUCCCAAGGGUCGUAUCUGGGCUCUGGAUCCCAUCGAUGGCACCAAGGGAUUUCUCCGGGGCGGCCAGUAUGCUGUCUGUCUCGGCUUGAUCGAGGACGGAGAUGUGAAGGUCGGCGCCAUUGGUUGCCCCAACUUACCCGUGGACGAUUCGGUUGCCAUGACCGCCAGUAUCGGCGUUGACCAGACUGAUGGUGCCGGCAUGGGAGUACUUUUCUCGGCCAUCAAGGGCCAGGGAUCCAUUAGCCGACCCCUCUCGAAUGGUGCUCUUGCCGAGAGCAAGCCCAUCUCGAUGCGUCCCGUUCCGGAUAUAAAACAGGCUGUCUUCUGUGAAGGAGUUGAGGCUGCCCACUCUGCUCAAGGCGACAACGCUGCCGUCGCUCAGCUCCUGGGUAUCACCUCCCCCAGCGUGCGACUCGACUCGCAGGCCAAGUACUGCUCAAUUGCUAGAGGCGCAGGCGAUAUCUACCUACGGCUACCUGUCAGAAAGGACUACCAGGAGAAGAUCUGGGAUCAUGCGGCUGGCGAUCUCAUUGUCCGCGAGGCUGGUGGACAAGUGACCGAUAUCUAUGGCCAGCGCUUGGAUUUCAGCAAGGGACGCACUUUGGCUGCCAACAAGGGAGUCGUCGCCGCUCCAGAGGCCAUCCAGGACCAGGUUAUUAGUGCCGUCAAGACGGUCCUGAAGCUAUGA